AUGGCGGCCAUGUUGGUUCCUCCAUGGCUUGAAUCAUUGCUAUCAACAGCCUUCUUCUCCAUCUGCCCAUCACACAAAGAUGCCCCCCGAAGCGAAUGCAACAUGUACUGCUUAGAUUGCAACAAUGGCGCAUUUUGCUUUUACUGCAGAUCAUCAAGGCACAAAGAUCACCAAGUAAUUCAGAUCAGGCGGUCGUCGUAUCAUGAUGUUGUUAGGGUGUCUGAGAUUCAGAAGGUCCUAGACAUCAAUGGAGUUCAGACUUAUGUGAUAAACAGUGCGAGAGUACUGUUUUUGAAUGAGAGGCCUCAGCCUAAAAAUGCCGUUAAAGGGAGCUCACAUAUUUGUGAAGUAUGUACUAGAAGUCUCUUGGACCCCUUGCGUUUUUGUUCAUUGGGAUGCAAGCUUGUGGGACUAAAGAAGAAUGGGGAAGCAAGCUUUAUCUUGAGCGCAAAGAAAGCAGAAGAGGAGGGAAGAAGGGAAGGAAUAGAAAUAAGAUUGCCAUCAAAAGAGUUAGAAGAUCAAUUGCCUCAAGGAAUGCAACAAGACAUGUACCAAAACACUCCAACUCCACCUCCACCUCAUCAUUCAAAUUCAAAUUCAAGGAGAAGGAAAGGCAUACCUCAUAGGGCACCUUUAGGGCCCUAA